AUGAUUAAUUAUAAUUUGUUUUUGUUUUUUCUUUUAUCACUUUUUUUGUUAAAAUUAAGUACAUGUCUUUAUGUAACUGAUGGUAGUUCAAUUAUUUUAGAAAAUAUAGGCACAAAAUAUAAACUUUUUUCUACUGAUAUGAAAUGGGGAACCGGCUCAGGCAACCAGCUAGUGACCACAGUGACUACUAAUAAGAAUGAUGACGAUUUAUUAUGGACCGUGAGUCUUUACGAAGAAGAAAAGAGCGUUACUGGAAGAAAAAUAAAUUGUGAUGAUAUUAUUACAUUGAAACAUGUAAAGUCCAAUGGAUAUUUAAUAAGUUCCAUGCAUGAUUCGAUUUUAUCCAAUAAUUAUGAAUUGAGUGUGCAUAAAAAUAAUGAAUCAGGAAAUUUUCAAGUUAUAUGUGAAAAGAAAAAAAAUACCUCAUAUUGGGAAAUAGGCGAAAAUGUAUAUUUAAAAAAUAUUAAACAAAAUGGAUAUUUAUCUACAAGUAAAAGUUAUGAAUUUAAUCAAUAUAAUUGUCAUAACUGUCCUAUUAUGUAUCACCUGGAGGCUUGCAUUCUGAAAUAUAGCUAUCCAAGGGACGACCAAAAAUGGAGAGCCAAAUCGGGUGUUAUUAUUACAAAUUUUACUGACGAAAAAAAUGAAAAAGUAAACAGAGACGAACUUUAA